AUGACCAGACUAGAGGCUCAGAUUCUGGCCGACAUUCAGCCGAUCCAAGUCAAAUGGAUGAUGGGUGACCGAGAGCUGGUGCAGUCGGAUCAUGUCGAGAUUUCCUACUUCCAAGACACCGGAGUGGCUCGUGUGGUGAUUCGAAAUGUCGGCCCGCCAGACGUCGGUCUUUACACUUGCGUGGCUAUUGAUUCGCAACCCAGUUCUCCUAUAUUUGUUGCUGAGCUUUCACCAAUAAAUGUGCUUGAAGGCGAAGAGAUCUUCCUAACUGCAACUGUUCAG